AUGGUUUCCACAGUCGUCUCCGUCCCCGAAGCACCCUCUCGCCUCUUGGACCUCCUCACCCUCCACCUCCCGUACUCCAUUCCCCUACUCCGCCGGCUGCAGUUUGACAGCUCCCAACGCGGGGCCGCCACCACCACCGCCAGGGUUCUCUACACACCAGCCUCUGCGGCGGAGGCCGGACCGGAUGCCGCGGAACCACCGCACUUCACGGCCGCGUACGUCGAUUUAGCCGCCGGGUCCGAGACCCAGGUGUGGAUCUACUCCUCCCUCGAGAAUGGCGCGCAGCUCGCGGGCGACGACCGGGAUACGUGCGUGCAGCAAAUCGCCGACGUCGUAGAGGAGGUGAGACGCAUGGCGCGGGAUGAACCAUAUCGUGGCAGAGGAUACGCCAAGGCGUUAGCGACAAAGAUCCUUGGCGAGAGUUCUCAGGAAUACUGCCGCGAUGGCUGGUGCCACGCCGAUGUCGCCGUCGACAACGCCAGUAGCGCGGCAGUGUGCACGAGUUUGAAUGGGAAGCAAUCUUGGAUCGUAGACUGGGCGUUACUGCUAGUGUAA